AUGAGUAACGAUAAAGGCAAAGCACAUUGGGAUGUAAGCACUACUGGUGUUUUUCUCAAAAUAUGCAUGGACACAAUUUAUAGUAAACAUCAUCAAGGAUCCUCGUUUACAAAGCAAGGCUGGGACAACAUUCACAAAACAUUCAAUGAAAAGAUAGGGAGAGGAUAUGAGAAAAGACAGCUGAAAAAUAGGUUGGAUAACUUGAGAAAAGAGUGGAAGGCAUUUGAGCAACUAAUUGGUAAGGAGACCAGUAUAGGGUGGGACCCUGAAAGGAACACAAUGGUGGCAUCUGAUGAGUGGUGGGAGAGAAAGAAGCGGGAAAAUCUAGCAUACGAAAAGUUUAUGCAGCAUGGGUUAAAAUUCCGAACUGAAUUGGAAACUCUAUUCAAGGGCACUAUGGCAUCAGGACAAGAUAUGUGGUCACCUUCUUCGACCCAGCCUGAGCCACAGAGGGCUGAUCGGCCAAAUGAUUACCGACCCACAAUGGAUUGGGAAGAAGGUUCAGGGGACAUUGAAGACGGGCUUUUAGGUGUUGACACUAGACGCGUGCAGGAGUUUCGGACGAUUUGA